AUGAGGUCGAAUUCGGCAGCGGUGGCAUCGGUGAUCCUGGUGGUCGGAUGGCUUGGGGCAACCAGCCACGCGGCCAAUAUACUGUACAUCAAUACCGUCACUUCACCGAGCCAUUUCGGAUGGAACCGUGCCCUUGUUUACGCCCUUGCCGAGCAAGGCCAUAAUCUCACCGUGUUCGGUGUGGACGCCGAGAAGGAUCCACCGGCGAACGUUACCUUCAUUCUGCUGGAGAAUGUAUACCAAUUGUUGUACAGCGAUCCGGACAUGAAAAUAGAUUUCUUCGAGAUGGCGAAACUGAACGUAUUCGCGAUGCUGAAAUUGUUCGUCGAAUUUAUGCCGAUUGUCUGUGACAUGGUUCUGCGUUCCGAAGGGGCGAAACGGCUCUACGACUAUCCGGCGGACUUUGGGUUCGAUCUGAUCAUAAACGAUUACCUUAGUGGCCCGUGUUUGACGCCCCUUGCCCAUCACCGAUUCGGGCAACCACCGGUAGUGGCAGUGACCGCGUACCAUGGCGUUUCGACCACCAUUUCCAUGACCGGUGCCUAUCAAUACUCGGCUCUCAUUCCUAACCACGUUCUCGACAUGAUGGAACAGAUGAGCUAUCGCGAACGGUUCGUCAAUCUGUUGGCCAACAUGUGGGAAGAGGUAUUGGAGCGCUGGGAUAUGAUUCCCAACAUGAACCGGCUGCUCCGGGGCUACGAACCUUCGUUGCCUGACGUUGGGGAGUUACUUCGACAGACGAAACUUGUGCUGCUGAACGCGAACCCGAUUAUCCAGUUCACCGAACCGCUAAUGCCGAACAUCAUUCCGGUCGGUGGGCUGCAGAUCGUCAAACCGAAGCCACUGCCGGAGGAUCUUGCUACGAUGCUAGACCGAUCGAGCCCGGGCGGUGUUGUGCUGUUCUCGCUCGGGACGAAUGUGCGCAGCGAUCAGCUGGGCACGGUACGUAUCAACGGAAUCCUGGAUGCGAUGCAGGCCCUGCCGGAGUACACGUUCCUGUGGAAGUUCGAGUCGGACGCGAUGCCUCGGGCUUUACCACCGAAUGUCCACGUGCGACCGUGGAUGCCACAAAAUGCCCUAUUGGCACACCCAAAGCUGCGACUCUUCAUCACGCACAGCGGACUGCUCAGCACGCAGGAAGCCAUCUGGCACGGUGUGCCGAUCAUCGGGUUCCCGGUGUUUGUAGACCAGUUUAAAAACAUCAACUACUGCGAGGCAAAGGGCGUUGGCAAGCGGUUGAGCAUCGAGCACCUCGAUGCCAAGGAGCUGGAAGCAACGAUCCGAGAAAUUAUGACCACUGAAAGCUACCGCACGAACAUGCAACGAAUGUCGGCCCUGUUCCGCGAUCAGCCCGAACAUCCGCUGGAUCGUGCCGUCUGGUGGAUCGA